UUUGUGGUUUCCUCGGUUGAUAACCUUUUUUUGGUUCCCCUACCCCACUCCUUGUUAGGGAGAAUAAUCGCUCCAAAAAAGACUCGAGUUGUUCAACAGCAGAAAUUGAAGAAGAACCUGGAAGUUGCUAUAAGGAACAAGAUUGAACAUGAUGUCACCAUGAAAGCUAGCUCCAACAUGCCCAAGAAACUGAACAUUGUCAAAGCGCCACAGAAGAAGGGCAAGGCAAACAAUUAAGCAUUUACCAGUCUGGAAUGUAUCUCCAGAUAUUGGAAAGAAGCUCAGUGAAGCUUGCAAAGUGAUAUCGCCAAUAUACUUUCGUCCUCUUUGGAUACAUUUUGAUUCAUUCAUUGAAAAAAAUAUAUAUUUUG